GGUCGGCGGCGGCGGCGGCGGCGUCUGGCGGAGGGCGGCGUGUGCCGUCGGGAGGCCAGAGUUUCGAGUCAGCCGGGCUACGGCUCAGCGGAGGGGCCGGCGGAGUGGUCCCGGGUCCGCGAGGCUGAGGGACGCACAGAAGCGGCGAGGCUCGCGUCCUGAGGGAGACCCGAUAGAAGGAACAUGACAUUUGGAGGCCACGGACUUGCUUCAGAUUUAUGCCUUUGUAUUUGCUAAUUUUGUGAGGAACAUCCGUGCAAGAUGUCAACACUGAGGAUUUGGCUAACACAAGCUUUGUUUAUUUUCCUCAUCACUGAAUCUAUAGGUCAACUUUUGGAACCAUGUGGUUAUAUCUACCCCGAAUUUCCAGUUGUACAGCGUGGCUCUAACUUCACUGCCAUUUGUGUGCUAAAGGAAGAGUGUCUUCAGCAGUACUACGCGAAUGCAAGUUUCAUCGUGUGGAAGACAAACCAUGUUGCUGUCCCCAAGGAGCAGGUCACUGUCAUCAACAGAACCACGUCUAGUGUCACCUUCACAGACAUGGUCCUCCAGACAGUCCAGCUCACCUGCAAUGUCCUGUCAUUUGGGCAGAUCGAGCAGAAUGUGUAUGGAACCACCGUACUUUCAGGCUUUCCCCCAGAUAUACCUACAAAUUUGAGUUGCAUUGUGAAUGAAGGGAAGAAUAUGCUGUGUCAUUGGGACCCUGGAAGGGAGACAUACCUGGAAACAAACUACACUUUGAAAUCAGAGUGGCCAACAGAGAAGUUUCCUGAUUGCCACUCAAAACAUGGCACCUCCUGCAUGGUUAGCUUUUCUCCCAUCUAUUUUGUAAACAUUGAAGUCUGGGUGGAAGCAGAAAAUGCCCUUGGGAAGGUCUCAUCAGAGGCCAUCAAUUUCGAUCCUGUGGAUAAAGUGAAACACAUCCCACCAUAUAAUUUAUCAGUGAGCAACUCAGAGGAAUUGUCUAGUAUUUUAAAGCUAACAUGGAACAAUUCAGGUUCUUUAAGACUGAAAUCUGACAUUCAAUAUAGGACCAGAGAUGCCUCAACUUGGAUCCAGGUCCCUCUUGAAGAUACAGCAUCUUCCCGCACAUCCUUCACUAUCCAGGACCUUAAACCUUUUACAGAGUAUGUGUUCAGGAUCCGCACCAUCAAGGAGGAUGGCAAAGGCUACUGGAGUGACUGGAGUGAGGAAGCAAGUGGAGUAACAUAUGAAGACAGACCCUCCAAACCACCAAGUUUCUGGUUUAAGAUAAAUCCAUCCUAUACCCAGGAAUCUAGAUCUGCACGGCUCAUAUGGAAGGAAUUACCUCUUUCUGAAGCCAAUGGAAAAAUUUUGGAUUAUGAAGUGAUUCUUACACAGUGGAAAUCAUUUUCACAAAAUUACACCACUAAUGGUACAGAAUUGAUAGUAAAUCUCACAAAUAAUCACUAUAUAGCAUCUCUAACAGCAAGAAAUAUGGUUGGCAAAUCAGAUGCAGCUGUCCUCGCCAUCCCCAGCUCCCACUUCAAAGCUUCUCACCCUGUAGUGGAUCUUAAAGCAUUCCCAAAAGAUAAUAAACUCUGGGUAGAAUGGACUGCUCCACGUAAAACUGUGAAGAAAUACAUUAUCGAGUGGUGUGUGCUGUCAGAUAACUCACCCUGUGUCCCAGAUUGGCAGCAAGAAGGUGGCAGUGUGACGCGAGCCUACUUAAGAGGAAGCCUCCUGGAGAGCAAAUGCUAUUUGAUCACUGUGACACCUGUGUUUACCAGUGGGCCUGGGAGCUCUGAGUCGGUAAAGGCCUACCUCAAACAAGCCGCACCUUCUAGAGGACCUACAGUUCGGACAAAGAAAGUGGGGAAAAAUGAAGCUGUCUUAGAAUGGGACCAACUUCCUGUUGAUGACCAGAAUGGAUUUAUUAGAAACUACUCUAUAUCUUAUAGAACCAUUGUUGGAAAUGAAAUUGUUGUGAACGUGGAUUCUUCCCACACAGAAUAUACACUGUCCCCUUUGAGUAGUGAUACGUUGUACAUGGUGCGAAUGGCAGCAUACACAGAUGAAGGUGGAAAAGAUGGUCCAGAGUUCACGUUUACAACACCAAAGUUUGCUCAAGGAGAAAUAGAAGCCAUAGUGGUGCCUGUGUGCUUAGCAUUCCUCUUGACAACUCUUCUGGGAGUCUUGUUCUGCUUUAAUAAACGAGACCUAAUUAAAAAACACAUCUGGCCUAAUGUUCCAGAUCCUUCAAAGAGUCAUAUUGCUCAGUGGUCACCUCACACUCCCCCAAGGCAUAAUUUUAACUCCAAAGAUCAAAUGUACUCAGAUGGCAAUUUCACUGAUGUGAGUGUUGUGGAAAUAGAAGCAAACAACAAAAAGCCUUGUCCAGAUGACCUGAAAUCACUGGACCUGUUCAAGAAGGAAAAAAUAAGUACAGAAGGUCACAGCAGUGGCAUUGGAGGGUCUUCGUGCAUGUCAUCUUCCAGGCCCAGCAUCUCCAGCAAUGAGGAGAAUGAGUCUGCCCAGAACACCGCAAGCACUGUCCAGUACUCCACUGUGGUGCACAGUGGCUACAGGCACCAGGUCCCCUCAGUCCAAGUCUUCUCGAGAUCCGAGUCCACCCAGCCCCUGUUAGACUCCGAGGAGCGGCCAGAGGAUCUGCAGUUAGCAGAUGCUGUAGACAGCAGGGAUGAGAUUUUGCCCAGGCAACAGUAUUUCAAACAGAACUGUAGGCAACCUGAAGCCAGUCCAGAUAUUCCACAUUUUGAAAGGUCAAACCAAGUGUCAUCGGGCAGUGAGGAGGAUUUUGUCAGACUGAAGCAGCAGGUUUCAGAUCCCAUCUCAAAGCCCUGUGGAUCUGAGCAGCAUAGGCUGUUUCAGGAAGGUCCUGCCACAGGUGCUCUUGGCGCAGGGACUGAUGGACAAGUAGAGCAGUUUGAAUCCGUUGGAAUGGGGACUGUACUGGAUGAAGAAAUUCCUAAAAGUUACUUGCCACAGACUGUAAGACAAGGUGGCUACAUGCCGCAGUGAAUUCUGGCUCCUGCAGAGCUUUCGUGGGACCUGUAAAGGAAAGCUAAAACACUUGUGUGUGACUUCAGAUGGAAAAUCAUCUUCACUCCCUGAAGAUAGCCAUUGCCCUUAAGGACAAAGUCACAGCUGGGCCAUCUCCGUUCCAGAGUAUCUGGGAUCUUCCUUCAAGCACUACAUGAACUGAUUGUCCUCUGUGCUGCUUGGAUGUUUGCACUGAAGAAAACGUGUGUCUGAGAUAUACAAAGCUUUUUGUUUUGCUGCAUAGAAAAGGGAAUUCAAAUGAGCUGUGGCGUAGUACAGCUGUGCUGGUUUUAAUGAGACUAGCCAUCUAGUGCAAAGUUCUAGCCCCUCCUCAGCCAACAGCAUCAUUUAAAAGUGCCACAGGGCAGACUGUCCAGAUUUUGUCAUCUGGCAAAAGAAAUAGUGAGGACAGGUUCAUUUCUAGUUCUACUAGCUAGAGAAUAUUGGUUUGCUCCCUACUGUUUUUAUCAACGUUGCUAGUUGUUACUGAAGAAAGGGAUGAACUUGAAAAAUGAGCAAUGUAGACAUUCCCAUUUUCUUAAUAUUACCCGAAACCUCACAAAAUUCUGGUCAUUGUUGAUAACCUCUUUCAAAGUCAGUUUCACCAACCCUGUAGAGGGCGCUGACGAGGCCAGCCCAUGAAACGGUGUCAAGCAUUUAAAAAUUGCUGUGUAAGCUGUGUUUUCUGAACAUAGACAGACACCAGGACAGGUGAUCCCAAAGGUUGGUUGUAGAAGCACUUUAAUACAGUAUGUCUUUAGCUUAAAAUUGUUUUAAUUGAUUCCACCUUUUUAUUUUCAAGAAUAGUAAGGAGGUGUUUAUUGAAGGGCAGCAUCCGCCACAGGCACAAGCAGCACCCAAACACACACUGAUCUCAAUAACCGCCACAUGAUGGAGGGCCAUGUUGUACAGAGCUGAAGAAGCCGUAGGGUUUUGUAAAAUUUACUGGGUGGGGAUUGAGCCCAUGGCCUUGUACAUGCUAGACAUUCACUCUACCGCUGAGCUACCCACCCACGCAUCUCAUUCUGUUGUGUAGGCUCAAGUGAUCCUCCUCUCCCAGCUCCAUGAGGAUCUGGGACUUUGGGUAUGUGCUGUCACACCCAACAAAAGAUGGUAUUUUUAGUAUCUGCCAUUUCUGAGGUAGUUUUACAUGUGACUUGGGAGUAUCUUAAACCUAGUCCUGGUUGCUCUGUUAAUGAGCAAUCUAGAUAUGCAGGGUUUAGCACUAAAGCCGUUAACGUAUCUGUGCCUAACUUCCCAGGGUGACAUGGAGGCAGGGGCUAAAGGUAGAAGUGACUCUCCGUUAGUGGCUGACCCACUGAGUGUGCUCACAGGGAAAGCUCUGCAGUCCCAGAGCUUGGGCACACUUAACACUUCCUAGAGUUACCAAACAGACGGCAAAGAAGGAGCGAUACUCAUUGGGGUGGAUGCAGUUUUUACUUUUUACUCUCAGAAUGGGGUUAUAUUACACUUGCUGAUACAUAUUAUCAUUUAUAUUUUUAUAAUAGCUAAUACUUUCUGAGUUUUUUCACAUGUAUAAUCCUUGUGAGACAGUAAACAUUUUUGUCCUCUCAUACUUGGUUGCCCACCUGGCAAAAACAACCUGACACUGGGAAAAUGGCAGAAUUGAAAGUCAGCCUUGAAGAGGUCAGGUGCAGUCACAGACCAGAAGUCACACUACAUGCAAUGGCAUCACCACCCUUCAGCUGGACAUCAAAGCCAGUCCGCUCAGGACUGAAUUUCUAUGUAUGUAUGUCAGGAGAUUAACGCUUACUAAGUUUUUCAUUUUCUCACAGAAGUAGUCUAGUCAUGUUACUGUGUUCAUGUUUAGCUGUAACCUUCCUCCUAUCAAAUAGUGGUGCUGUGAACUUUGUAGUGUGAAAUCCACUCUGGGGGUAGGGAUAAUUAUCCAGUGUGAGUUCAUGAAUGAGCAUGAGAGAUUAUGGAAGAACCUCAGUAAAGCAAGUUUGCAUGUUGAACCCCAUUCAGACAAUGUCCCAGUGAGCCAGUGCCCCUACCAAUAGAGAUGGUUGUAUGGAUACCACAUGAAAACUCAUUCAAGGAGUAUAUAAUGGAUCAGUUUUGUCCUGAGAGAGAAAGCCAGUCAUAAAACUCAUCUUAUAGACUUUUCUACAGCAUGUUUUAGAAUAAUCUGGAUGCAUGUGUUUUAGGUAGGCAAAGAAACUAAAUCUGGCUUCUUUAUGUAAAACCAGUGUAAUAAAGCUAGUUGUGUAGUCACUCUUUAAUUCUUUUGUGUAUAAAAGUGUAGUUUAAGGCGCAUCAGAAAACGGCCUCUCUUGUGGUCAAAAUUAAUUCACUGCAUUUAAUGUAGUUGCCUCAGGAUUCAGAGAAAAACAAAGUCAACAUAAGUUACACAUCCUACCAUCGUCUCAUAAAGGUUUAAUUCCGAAUCACUAUUGCAAAACUAUAGAAUUUCAACCUUACCCACUCAAACAAAAAGGCUUAAUCCUCUUAAAAGUCUGAGUCAGUAUUCAGGAACACAAGCAAGCAGAGACAAGGGAAGAGUGAACCCCUCCCAGUUCUUGUGUCUCCUUGGUUCAGUGUCUGCAGAGUUCCUGGAUGUGUGCUUAUCAGCUCAUCCAGGGACCGUAGUUCUUACAGUCAAGCUAAAGGUUAAUGAAGCAGAAGUGCUUAUGGAAAUACUGUGAAAGCUCAUGUUUAAAGCAGGACAGCUCAAGUACCUUCAGACGUUAAAUCCCAUUUUUAAGUCUUUUUUCCUACCCACAUAAUUAGGAAAACUAUGCCAUAAAUUUAGACCUAAUAAUCAUGAGAUUCCUCAGUGUAUGCUACAGACAUAUAUUAGCGAAGGAACAAGCCAGGAGACUGUCCUGUUAUGUUCGUUCUUCUGUUCCAUGUUACUGAGUUUGUUUUUAAAAGCAAGUUCUUAACUCAUCUGUGUAGUGUAAAGAUUUUUAGGGAGAUGAGUAGAAUUAAGCUGCAAAAAAUGUAAAGAUCAGUUAUUAAAAAUAACCUCUUAGGCUAGCUUUUUAUUGCAGGUAUUACUGUUGGGUUAUUUUGCCCGGGUAAGAUUCCUUUAAAAAAAAAAAAAAUGUGCCUUCCUAUAAAUUAGAAAACACAGCCAUUAAAUGGCAAACUGUUUAGGGCUAGCAUAAAGAGGGGCACUCACUGCAGACCUCAACGGUUUAAACUAGCAGACCCACUCUGGGGCCCAGGUACCAUUUUCUUUUCAGGUUAUUUAUGAGCAAUCCAUGUCAAGACAAAAUUUUCUCAAGCCAGAUGUACUAUCUCUAGGGUUCAUGUUUUAUUUUCCUGUCACACAUAGAUUAGCAUCUGCCCACUGCAUCAGAGAAGAAAAGGAAACAGCUCCAGGUUUGAGCGCUCGAGUGUUACUCAUUCGUUCUGUACUUUUUCGGGGCCUUUUACCACUUGUAAGCCCCACCAACUGGUUAGUUUCUUAUUAACCAGUUGUUGAUACUGUUGAUGGAUCUGGAUGAAAAUGCACUAGGCUGGUUCCACAGAGACUGUUAGUUCUGUUUUUAACCAGCAUGAUCAGGCGAAUAGAGGCUGCAAAUGGUGUUCAUGAAUAGUGAAGUGUGAUGUGUCAGAACCGGAGAUGUACAGAGGUGAGCAUUUGAAAACUAGCCUCGAUGUUUGUGUGUAAUAUACUCCAAAAGCAAGCGCACUUCGCUGGCCCAGCAUGGCAGUAGGCAUUAGGUAUGGCUCCUUUUUAUGUCUUUGCGCUUAGCUGAAUCUCAUGUGCGCACAGUGUUUUUCAAGUUUGCCCGCUGUUUUAACACCCCCACCACCCAUGUAGCUCCAUUUGGAAAGCUUGUGCAUGUAUUACCUCUGUAGUGAGUUGCAUGUGCUGAGUAUAGCCAAAGCUAUCCUUUUGAUGUUGACUUUACCAUCAAUGUCUUACUAUAUCAGCUCUAAUCCUUUAAGUAAAUUUAAGAAAGAAAUUGUCUUUUUUGUGUGUGGUCACCACUGUCUGACUGCCAUGCAUAAUGAUUUGGUAUUUAUCAGUACUGGUGUUAGUUAAUACAUGUCUUGGUGUAGAUGUUUUAUGAGGGAUCUAUGACUUUUUAAAUGCUAUUUUGGCAUAAUGGAAUGGGAGUUAGAAUAAACUGAUACGCCACAUUGGCCUCAGUAACAGAAGACAUUACAUUCAGUUACAGUUUUCAGAUUUACUCUAUAAAUUAUGCAAUUCCAGCAUCGUCCCUCCCAGUGGAUGUUACCCUAUGAAUUUACUCAGGGCCCAAAUAUAGCCAUGCUGCGCCACCUUGUGGCUCGUCUGUGCUGCUGCAGUCUCCAUAUUUCCCUCUCACGUGAAGCUAAGUCAGCAAAGGUCCCAACUACUUGGGUCAAAACCUACAAACUAGCCAAGCAGUAAACUUCACUCCUGCAAAUCUAUAUUGAAAUUUAUACAAACCUUCACUUUGGAAUAUUUAUUUAAAUUCCAUAUUUACUACAUGUCCUAGAGGAACAGCCUCCCUUCUGAUGUACUGUGUGUGGGUAAAAAGUUCUUCCUGCUUUCAGAAGGACCAUUGUUUCCCUAGAGGGAAAUCCUUCCUUAUCUUACUGAGAGUUGCUUACCUUCCUAUUGGUCUGAUUUUUCUUAGAAGAAUAUAUGAAAAUCCUUUCACAA